ACGCGCUGGUUAGCAAACAUUCGGGAUCGUGUAGUCAGCGGGAACGGUUGUGUGUGUCGGUUGUUUGCUCUCCUUGGCUUGGCUGCUGCUGCUGCUGCUGGCCGCUCGCCUCUGUACAUCACAGCCAGCCGCCCGUCGAGUGUGUUGGACUCUUCAGGUUCAUACCUGUCACUGUUAUUAUUACAGAUCUGGACAAAGAAAGAGAGAGAGAGAGAAAAGCUUAAGGGGAAGACGGUUGUUAUUCUGCCCAUCCGAUUUAAACAAGAAGAAGAAGAAGAAGAAGAACGGAUUUCUUGUCGAGAACGUGAACUCUGCCCACAUCGGUCGGACCGACUGUCGGUCAGUCAGUGUCAGAUUCGACCCAUCUCGUCGACACCUUUUCUAUUAAGAAAAUAAAAGGCCGGCCGGUCGGUGGAAAAUCCAUCCCAACUUCAAUUCAUCCAGGACAGGAGCAGCUGUGUGUCUAUAGUGCGGUUGGGCGGCCAGUCGACGAAAAAGUAUUCCCCUGAUAUUUCUCACGACAGACUUGUGUAGACGAUCGAGUUCCGCCGAAGGACAAAAGGUGUCGCCGUCGGGCGAAUUUGGCAUCUGCUGGGAAGAAAAAAGAUCCCAGCCAAGAAGAAAAAAAAAAUAAAAAAAAAUAAAUGAAAUAAGCAAAAUUCGGAGAAGAGGCCAAUUACAAGAUAGUCCUGGGUACGCCUUUCCCAAAGAAAAAAGAAUCAAACCCCACCCCAAAAAAGUAAACUCGUAAAUAUUUGAACAAUUCCCGUCCCACUGGCCUGUCCAUCCACCACCAGGAGUCAGAAGAAGAAAAAUGGAGUCGUCUGGAAACAAUCACGAUAAUGAUGAGGAACAAGGCCAACAGCAGCGGACCGCCGCCUCGCGUUUCACCAACGUGAAAUCAGAGCGACUGCCAGAGCAACGACUGCCGGGCGGCGGACACACCGAUGGGUUGGACAUUGAGCAGGAGCGCAGCAGCACCAGGAGCGGAGGAGCAGCAGCUGCUCUGUCGUCUACUUCGCCCGAUCCUGCGCAGUCGAACAACAAUAGCCAACACCAGACGGCCGUUGGCGUGACUUGUUCUUCUUCCAGCAGCAGCGCCGUCGGCCCGUCGAGUCGAGUCGUCGACGGAGCAGCCGGAAUCGGGUCCAGUGCUGCUGUUGCUGGUGGCGGUGGCGGUGGUGCUAAAGUCGCCGGCGGACCCGUCAGUUUGUCGCAAAUCCUGCGCGGCAGCAGCGGAGGUGGUGGUGGUGGUGGUGGUGGUCACAGUGUUGUUGUCGUCAGUCAUAGCAACAACAGCAGUUGCAGCAGUGGUGGUGGUGGCGGGGGCGGCGGAGCAGCUCCUAGCGCUCCUCACGCUCACGGGGUGGGAGUCGGCAGUCAGACCCCGUCCGAACGGGCGGCCAGUCACCCGCCCGCUCUCGUUCCGUCCCAUCACCACUCGUCGCCCCUCUAUCAACAACAACAACAACAGCACCACGGCGCUACGAAUGCGUCCAACAGCAAAACCACUCCUAUUCAGCAUAGCAGCAGCGGUGGCGGUCACCACCACAAUUAUCAGCAGCAGCCAACCAAUUUCACGUCGUCUAUCGGCGGUGUCCGAAUUAUGGGCCACGGGGCGUCUUGUCUGACCGGCUCGGCCGCGCCCGCCUCCUCGUCGUCCACCAACAAUUGCAGCGUCAGUUCCUUCACGCCACUCCAACGCAAUCAGCCGACGCAGCAGCAGCACAAAGGCACGGCCGCAUCCGUCGUCCCGGCCUCAUCCACGACGACGACCCAACCAAACACAACGACGACGACAACGGCGGGAUCGACAGGAUCGACCGACAAGAACAACACCAUCAACAAUUCGACGACCGUCAGAGGUGGCAGCAGCAACAGUGCGACGGCUGGUGCUGGAAAUAACAAAAUGACGGUGCCCGAAGACUACCACUACCUGUGCAAUUUGGUGCCCGAAUUGAAAACGGAAUUAAAGGAGCGCGAAUCCCGGCUGGAUCUCUACCAGACGGAAACGCUCGAACUCAAACGGCGACUCAAGAAACGAGACGAAGAAAUCGGACGACUCCAACGAGAAAUCCACAAGCUCAAGAGCGUCCUGCAAGCCACUUCCCGCGGCCAACAGGAUGGAAGCGAUCUGAUGUCAGCCUUGCAAAUCACCAAUAACGGCCAGCAGACGACGACGGGCGGAAUCACUUCCGGACUGCAGUUGCAACUGCCGGCAUUGUUCGCCAAACGUCAGGGCGUGUCCGGCGAGAGUUCCGACCUGCACAACCAUCACAACCAUCACAACAACCACGGCGGCCAUCACGGCGGCCACCAGAACCGCUUGCUCCUGGCGGGAGCUCCCAACAAUCAACAACCAGGCGACAUUUCCCUGCUGGUCACUUCUCACGACAAAGAUUUCCGAGCCAAACAAUUGAUCAAAGAUGCCGUUAUGGAGAAUGAUUUCCUCAAGAAUCUGGACGCUACCCAGGUCAGAGAGAUUGUCGAGUCCAUGUACCCGCGUGAAUUCGAGAAGGGCAGCUACGUGAUCCGCGAAGGAGAUGCCGGAUCACAUUUGUACGUGUCGGCCGAAGGGGAGUUGGAAGUCAUCCAGGGUGACAGAGUACUGGGCCGGAUGGGACCAGGCAAAGCGUUUGGUGAAUUGGCCAUCCUUUACAACUGUACGCGGACAGCAUCCAUCAAAGCCGUGACCAGUGCCAAAGUUUGGGCACUGGACCGUCGAGUCUUCCAGCAGGUGAUGAAGAAAACGGGAUUGCAGAGGAUCGACGACAAUCUCAAGUUCCUACGCAGCGUUCCACUCUUUGAGCGUCUCACGACCGAUCACAUGUCCAAGAUUGCCGACGUCCUGGAAGUGGAAUUCUACCCGGCGGGGACGUACAUCGUCCGUCAAGGAGGUCGCGGUGACAAUUUCUUCAUCAUCGCCAGCGGCCGCGUUCAGAUCACGCAACGACUGCCCGGCAAGUUGGAAGAGGAGGAAGUUCGGGUGCUGGAGAACGGCGACUACUUUGGCGAACAGGCCCUGCUGAAAGAGGAAUGCCGCAGCGCCAAUGUCAUCGCCUUGCCACCGGGCGUCGAGUGCCUCACCCUUGGACGGGAUUCGUUCAUCCAAUUGAUUGGCGAUUUGAGCGAAUUGCGCGGGAAGACGUACGACGACGAGUCACGCGGAUUCUCUUCCGGCUCGAGUUCGGUGAGCAGCCGGCCGGGCGACAGCGGCAUCCCCGUCCAGCUCAUCUCCGAAUACGCUCAAGUCCGACUGGCCGACCUGGACGUGGUGGCCACCCUGGGCAUCGGCGGCUUCGGCCGCGUCGAACUGGUCCAGUGCGCCUACGACCGAUCGCUCACCUUCGCCCUCAAGUGCCUCAAGAAGCAGCACAUUGUCAACACGCUCCAGCAGGAGCACAUCUACAGCGAGAAGAACAUCAUGAUGUCCUGCAGGAGUCCCUUCAUCGCCAGGCUGUACAACACGUACCGAGAUAACAAGUACGUCUAUAUGCUGAUGGAGGCCUGUCUGGGCGGCGAGUUGUGGACGAUCCUGCGUGACCGCGGGCAUUUCGACGACGGGGCCACUUUGUUCUACACGGCCUGCGUCAUUGAGGCCUUUGAUUACUUGCACUCGCGCAACAUCAUCUACCGCGAUCUCAAGCCGGAGAACCUCCUCCUGGACAGUCACGGCUACGUCAAACUGGUCGAUUUCGGUUUCUCCAAACUGCUGGGCGUGACCAGCAAGACGUGGACAUUUUGCGGCACUCCCGAAUACGUGGCUCCCGAAAUCAUCCUCAACAAAGGUCACGACCGGGCAGUCGAUUAUUGGUCGCUGGGCAUCCUCAUCUUCGAACUGCUGACCGGAACGCCGCCGUUCACUUCGCCCGACCCGAUGAAGACGUACAACAUCAUCCUGAAAGGCAUCGAUCAAAUUGAAUUCCCGCGCAUUGUCAACCGGGCAGCUCAAGCUCUGAUCAAGCGCCUCUGUCGUGAAGUGCCUGCCGAGCGGCUCGGCUACCAACGCGGUGGCAUCGACGACAUCAAGAAGCACAGGUGGUUCCAAGUCUUCGAUUGGGAUGGCCUGUCCAACCGGACACUGGCGGCCCCCAUCACCCCCGUGGUUCGCGGUCCGGCUGACUCGUCCAACUUUGACACCUACCCCAAAGAGAAGGAAUCGCCGCCGGACGAGCUCUCUGGAUGGGACGUUGAUUUCCAGUUGUGCAAUUGACAAUUGACAUCCCCCCUCCUAUCCUGGGCGGAAAUGUCAAGCGAUUAAUCGAACCCCGCCCCUUUUUGAUCAGACACACACCCACGCAAAAAUAAAUAAGGAAAUCACCUAGAAGGAAACUGACACACACGAAUAGACGAAAGUUAAAGAAGAAGAAAGUGAAGCAAAUUUGGUCUGGAACAGAGUUCGUGCUCGAAAUUCGAUUGCUAUCGCCCAGCACAAUAUCUAAAUUCUUGUGUGUGAAUAAUAUCUAAUUCGAUUACCCACACACACCACCACUUUAUACAAGAAAGAAAAAAAGAAAAAAUGACAAAAACGUAUGUAUAGAUAAUUAAUGAUUACGAGCUGAUGUAAUAGGAGAAAGAAAAAGUCCGAGCGACGCCAGUUGUUUGUUCCUCAAGUGCCUCUCGUCUCUCCUUUUCGCAUUAUUAUUAUGAUUAUUAUUAUUAUUAAAAAAUUGACAUAUUAUAGUUAUAUAACACAAUUUGCUGAUGCUACUGCUGCUGCUCCUUUUGCUCCCUUUUUUUCCCCUCCGGGCCUGUUCAUAUACUAUAAAUUUGAUUUCACAUUCAUUUUUUAUCAACUCCUUUCCGCAAUCCAAUUUGUUUUCCCUCUCUUUACAGUCAACGAGGCACUGCUAUAGACUGUCGCGCGUAUUUCAAAAAAGAAACAAAAAAACAAAAAAAAAUUGAAGAAGACACACAAAUUCCUAAAAAUGACUUUUUCAAUGUUUGUAUCUUAUUCAUUUUAUUAUAUUUUUCAUCUUCUUCGCCCA